CACACAGCCGUGUCCUCCGGACUCUCGGGGUCUCCCGACGUCGACUCGUCCUCGGUUUCCCUCCAUGCCCUCAAGGCCUCAAUCUAUCCUCGGGCUGUCCGCUGUCCCCUUCCCGCGUCGAAACCCUAGCUCGUCACCUCGCCGCCGUGCUGUCCGCUGUCCUAGUCCGCGGCUCCGCGCCCCAUCUCUCUUGCCGUCGCAUCUGAUGUUCUUCUCCCGCAACGCAUUCCGCGACCUGGACCCCAUCGACUCGCCGGCCUCCAUGGCGUCCUCGAAGAAGGUUGCGACCCGUGACGAGUGGGAGCGGAAGCUUCGCGACGUCAAGAUACGCAAGGAGGACAUGAACCGCCUCGUCAUGAACUUCCUCGUCACUGAGGGCUUCGUCGACGCCGCCGACAAGUUCCGCAUCGAGUCCGGCACCCAGCCGGAGAUUGACCUAGCGAUCAUCGCGGAUCGAAUGGAGGUUAAGAGAGCAGUACAGUCGGGUAAUGUUCAGGAAGCGAUCGAGAAGAUCAACGAUCUUAACCCCACGAUUCUGGACAUGAAUCCCCAACUAUACUUUCAUCUCCAGCAACAGAAACUAAUAGAGUUGAUUCGCGAGGGAAAAACAAAUGAAGCUUUGGAGUUCGCUCAAGAAGAACUUGCACCGAGAGGCGAAGAAAAUCAAACAUUUCUCGAGGAGAUAGAAAAAACUGUAGCGCUACUGAUUUUUAAAGGUGUAAAAAAUUGCCCUUACAGAGAACUAUUGGAUGUUUCUCAACGUUUGAAGACUGCAAGUGAAGUUAAUGCUGCUAUUCUUGCAAGCCAAAGUCAUGGGAAAGAUUCGAAGCUUCCAAGCUUGUUAAAGAUGUUGAAAUGGACACAAAAUCAUCUGGACGAAAGGGCGGCAUAUCCUGCAAUCAAUGACUUCACCACUGCUGUAGUGGAAGAUCCAUCAAUAUGAAUCUGCUGCAAAAAGGUUGAUGAUAACUGAGGGUAGGCACCAAGCCUGCCUGGUGGCUGCAUGUGGUUUGCCCCGGAUCUGUCAAUAGAUCAUCAUCUGCAGCGAUUGAGUUCACCCCUUUCACCAGUGUUGAAGCAAUUAAGCUCAAUGCAAGGAGUUGACCUGAAACGUCACCUGUGUUCUACUACCUGUACAUGAUGUAGAAAGACAUGUUUGAACCCCUUUUCAGCCAGUGAAAAUAUUGGAUUUGAUUUUUCAUGGAUA